GUUCCGCUAUGGCUAGAGUUUUAGAGGGCCUUCCGGACUAUCCCCGAGCUGCCGGGGCGCGGUUGGGAGGAAAGGCCGUCCUCGCUGUGCGUUGUCUUCGCAGCCUGCGGGAAGGGAGCGUGCACUCGAAAGCCUAGGGCUCCUGCGAUCCUUUUUAUCACCGCCAUGGCAGUCCCAGGUUGCAACAAGGAUAGUGUUCGAGCAGGCUGUAAAAAGUGUGGCUACCCCGGUCACCUGACUUUUGAAUGCCGCAAUUUUCUGCGAGUAGACCCCAAAAGGGACAUAGUCCUGGAUGUCAGCAGCACAAGCAGUGAGGAGAGCGAUGACGAGAACGAGGAACUGAACAAAUUGCAGGCAUUACAAGAAAAAAGAAUAAAUGAAGAAGAGGAGAAGAAAAAAGCUAAAAGCAAAGAGAAAAUCAAGUUGAAAAAAAAGAGAAAAAGGUCUUAUUCAUCCAGCUCCGCUGAAGAGGACUCUUCAAAACAAAAGAAACAAAAAUAUCAGAAGAAAGAAAAGAAAAAAGAAAAAAAGAAUAAGUCAAAAAAGGGGAAACAUCACAAAAAGGAAAAAAAGAAGAGAAAAAAGGAAAGGCAUUCUUCCACCCCUACUGCUUCUGAAAUCUCCAGAAAGUAACUGAGGCUCUGGCUUAAGCCAUUACAUUGGAACUUUGGUUUUGAAAAUCAUUUCUCCUUUCUUGGAAUUUGCUAUAUAAUUUUGCUUUGCAAUAAAUCACAGGCUUGUCCAUAUAGACAUUUUUUGUUUUCAUAUAUAGGACCAUUAUCCUCUGGCAAUGUAUUUUUAACGUAGUAUGUAUAAAGUAUUGAAUUAGUCUUACUACUGGAUAGCCAUGCUCCAAGUAUGGUUAUUUAUACAUAGAAAACACAUCACUUUUUGUAUUUGUAUCUCUGUAUGUUUGACUAGUGUUUUUUACUUCAUAAGUUGAUUGUAAAUGGCUUCACUACAGUCAACACAGGUAUUCUACCUGGCCGUAAAUGAGUAUUGCUGAAUCAAGUGUCUACCUUCCAGUGAUACAGCGAAGUAGGCGAUAAUGCUUUGCUCUUGACACUGAUAAACCUAAUAGAUUUUUAUGUCCUACAGCAAUGUAUAAAGAUAGUAAUAUUCUUCACUGUUGUUUUUUAAUCUCUGGCUUUUUUGGUUUUUUUGAAUGUCUUAGAAGAUGAAGCUGAUUUAUUGAUCUUGACUAGGACUUUUUCAAUGAAUGGUAUUAACAGGAAGAGGAUAAUGAAAAUAACAAAGUUUCAUUGUUUUAUGACAUGCAGCUAGUACCCGUAUCCUUUGUUUUUGUAGCUAUUCAACUAUUUCUUCCUGUUUAAAAAGGCAAGUCUAGUUCAGCCUAUUAGUAAGCCUCAUAGAGAUAAUGUUGUGUUGGGCAGGAUUUUAGGAUAGACUCCUGGGUUGUUUUACAAAUGUGCCAUAUUGGCAUGUCUCAAAGUGAUACCUCAAACACAGAACUUUUUAUUUAGAAAGAUGACAGCUAAAUCUUCAUUGGAGCUGACUUUUGUUGUACUCAGUAUAUAAAUUUUAUGAAGCUUGUUUCUAUGAGUAAUGUGGAAAAUUUUUAUAAAUGUGAACGUAUUUAUUUGUCUGAAAUAAUUUGUAGUCUUACAGCAGGUUUCACACUGAAUUUAUGGUUUCCUAAAUGACCAGUUUGGAGUGUUUUAUCUCUUAUUUCAGUCAUAAACCUCAGGAGCAGUGACAAAAAUUUAGGAUUAAGAAUUUUAUUCUGUACUUUUUAAAACUUAAGAGCCAGGGAAUUGCAUCAUGAAAGUCUUUAUAAACAGUGGAAAUUUUAUAUGGGUAAGACUUUUCAAACACAUUAGUAGAUGUAAAUGUGUCUUACAUUUUAAAAUUCACAAUGAUCAGUGUUAGCUACUCUGCUUAACAUUCGGGUAUCCCUUAUGCCCAAUAACUUAAAUGCUUUUUAUUGUAGCAGCAUCAGAAGUCAAUCCAUUAUCAAUGCACAGCACCAAAGAUUGCAGGUACCUCACUGGGGUGCAGUCAUAAAUUUUCACAUUGAUAACCUACAGACAUGGCUUCAGAUGAAUUCAUUGAGGUGAAAUCAGGUAAGUACACACAACCGCACAGGCUGGAAAGGGGUGCUCAUUCUUUCUUCACCCCGCCCCUCCCUGGUACAACCUCGGUAAGGCCUUGAGGAGCCUCCUGACUCCACCUAACAUAUGCUUACCAUGCUCCGAUUCCAGGGAUGCCGUAUCCGCAUCCCUGUCCUAUGGCAUCAUAGCCAUGGCAGCUCUCACACUUAGAGCUUUCCAUAGCCUGAUUUAGUCAUAUGGCCACAACAAGAAAUUACCUUGUUUAAAUUAAGAAUAGUCAAUUAUUUGGAGAGAAACACAGAGCUGUUAGGCUUUUAAGGGCUUAUUCUGCCAUUGCUUUAUUUUAUGUAUUUUUAAAAUCUGUAUUUUCUGAAAAUAUAGCUCUUUGGCUAUCAAAAUGAAAAAAUUAGUAAAAUAAACAUUUUUAAAAGAUUGGAAAAUGUUCUGUAUAAAAGGAUGGCCUCAUCCCAUUGAGUGUGUAGCAUGGUUAAAUAUGACAUUUUAUGAACAGAUUAAUUUAGUUAUUUGUACGUUUUGUUUGUGUGAAUUGUACAGGUUAUAAUUUGGCUCAUUAAAUUUUUUCUGAAUGGUGAAAUGCUUAAUAAUGGUGCAGAAAAGUUACAUAAAAUUCAGCCCUAAUUAAUUAUAUAGUAUUCAAAUUAAAAGAUUUAAUAGUUAUUUUCCCCCAGAAACAAUCUUGGAAUUAUUCUUAAGUAAAUUUUUUAUCAUGUGAGAGUAGUUUA